AAAAGAAAGAUGAUGAUUUCCGCAGAACCAUGGACUUUUGGUCACGCUUGAUAGCGGGCACUUCCCUCGCCUCGCCGGCUGGGAACAAAGCUUCCGCGAACAACCCCGAAAAGCGUCUGGCACGGUUCAAGCGGGAAUACAGCCAGCUACUGUCAAUCUGGCGCGGGGCGGUCAGCCUCUCGAGGAGUUCCGAAGCGGCCGAGAACAUUCGACACUGUCUCCAGGACCUCACAUCUAUUCUCAGCGACGAGUCGAGACGGCCUCUACCGCACCCAUGCAUUACCUUUGCCUCAUCGAAGGAGAUCUAUAUUCCGAUAGGGAAGAUUGCUACGACAUCAUACAAUGAAGGGAUCAUUCGAGAGGCAGUGGCCCUAUUUGCGACUCUUAUCGAUAGUGAGGAGGAGGAUUUCGUGGAGAACGAGGUCUUCUCGAAGAGUCUGAUGAACCUAUUGAUCCGAAUUACCGGGGCAAAUAGCAUUCGAUUAGGCUCGGAUACUGAAGUCGAAGUGGUGGAACUAUCUUUCAAUAUCACGACGAAGAUCAGGCUGGACCCUGAGAUUCUGCCCGCUUGGUUUACAGCACAAGAUCAUGGAGAUGAUACGGAAGCAAGGAAAAGAGAUGCCCAUGCGAAGUUCACGGGGAAAACACAUAAAGAGGACUUUCCUUUGUUCUAUCUUUUGAUAGACUACAUACAUCAUGAGGGAAGGAUAGGAGAUUUUGCGAGGACGGGCCUUUUGUAUAUCAUCGAGGCUGCAUCAAACUCCGUGGCUUUGGAACAAUGGAUAGUUGAGAGCGACCUGGCAACGUUGAUGGCCACAGGUCUCGGGGCUUUGUAUAGCCAAUUGAGCCGGAAACUUGUCAUAGAUCAUCCCCCGGACCAGCUGCCUCCAAUUCUGGCUUUGUCGGAUUAUCAACAUCCGAAUACGACCUCGGAGAUCGUCAGUUCAGCUUCACCCGAGUUUCAAGGCCACAUGGAAACCUUUCUGUCACAUUUGGUUUUCUGGCAGGAUGUCCUCAAUCAUUGCAAGUCUGUUGAGGUCAAAUCGACGCUCCUGGAGCACUUUCAGGUCAUUUUUCUCCAGCAGUUACUAUACCCUUCACUUUUGGAGUCAUCCGAUGUUGAUGGGGGUUCAUCAGUGGCAGUCCUGACUUACCUUCGGAGAAUUCUAGAAGCGUUGGACCACCCUGACAUGAUUCAUCUUAUUUUACAUUACCUUCUUGCCUUACCAGACACAACCACGAAUUCUUCUACCUUGAUGACAUCUAUUAGCGCUGCAAGGAGGCAAAAAUCCAUGGACCUUGCAACGAUGAUGGCGUCUCAUGAGGAGUUAACAUCCACUCCCGCUCUGUUCAAUCUGGUUGAUCUUAUCCAAGGAAGCUUAAGGUCCCAGAGUCAACAGACUAUAUCUGUGACACUACAGCUCGUUUCUGUUAUUUUGAGACGGCAUCAUCGUUAUGCCGUAACAACACUUCUCUGGACAAGCCUGGUAAUGGAUGAUGGACCACAACGGACGAUCGGUGCUCACGAGAAGGAGAUGGACUUCUUACUUUCUUUGGCUGGAGACAUUGGUGGCGAUUUAAACUUUGACGAAGCUUAUGAAGAUCAUGUCAAAGAUAUCAUGGGCGUGUUGGAAAGCCACCUAUGCUCCAUGGGCCUUGUGGCACCAAAGUCAUCUGGUGGAACUACAAGAAUACCAGGAGCCCAAGCGACGAUUCCCGGUGCGCCUCGGGAUGUCCGGCCACACACACUGCGACCCGAAGACCCCAUGCUGAAAACCUUUGUUACAAUAUUGGGGACCUUUUUUACAAACUCUGUGGAGACUAAUCUAUCUCUUACUGGAGCAAUUGUCGAUUUAGCCACCUGUGGAUAUAUGCGUAUUGAUGGCUGGUUGCUCCCCGAUUUCUCGGAAUAUGUCUAUGAGGAGGACGAGAAGGAAGAAGAGGAGAAAAACGAGGAGAAAAACGAGGAGAUAAAAGAGGAGAAAAAAGACGCCGAAGAUGCUGGAGAUGCGUUUUUCGCCAGUCUUAGUGAUGAAAUCGAAAUCCAAGAGAGGGCCCAACUCAAAGCAUUGAAAAGGGCACGACGGGCCCCCAAAUUAACCGAAUCAAACAUUCCACCUCUCCUAUUACAGCUGAAAAUACUAGUCGAGCAAGUUACUACCUACCGCAAUGAAAUCCCACGCUUCGAUGAUCUCCUCCAACAACGAAGGGACGCCUUCCAAGCAGCGUCCUCUACAGCGGAUACACCGCCUCGAGUCCGUCAUGCCCCUCCCCGCUCUAGCUUCGAAUCGCCCUCCCGCUCCGCCUCACCUCCCCGGAACCCGUUCGACUCUCUCGCCCACCGAAUCUUCCCAGAACUCGGAACGCCCUCUCGCUCAGACUCACCUCGUGGUCGCCGAAGCCAAGAUCGCAGUAGUGGCCUCGGCGGCAACUACAGUUCCGCGACUCCUGCACGCAGCGCUGCUGGUCUUCCCCCGCCGCAAUUCCCCACGGGUCGCGAUGCCUCCUCUCGAAGUAGCUCAGAGGCCUUCUCAACGAGUCAUCUCGGAGAUUCGGAUGAUAGACUCGGAACCCUAGGCGUACCGGCUAGUCAAGCUGCAGCGUUCGCAGUUGUUGACCAAAGCAUCCUUGCCAGGAGAGUUGGUUUACCCACUAGGAAGGGGGAACUACAUCCCAUCCCAUUUCCUAAUCUGAGGGCUCUGGGAAGCCCUGAGGCGGAGGGGAAUACCGAGGCUAGCCCGCAGGAUACGGUGGAUGGGAGCGGUACUCCACCAUCUCCACGAUCUCCAGAUGGAGAGGGGAAGGAAGAGAAGGAUCUGGUGAGCGUCAGCCAUGUGCUGACGAACGUUAUUGUGUUGCAGGAAUUUCUGUUGGAGUUAGCAGCGAUGGUGCAGGUUAGAGCCGGGCUGUUUGAUGAGGUUAGGUUUGUUUAAUAGUCAAUGAUACCUUUUUGCGCUCACGGUGGUGGUUCUUGUUCAUAUGGGGGGGUGGCGGAUGGGAGAUGGGUUGAGAUGCCCAUAGCUCAUUGCACGCCGAGCCCUUCUGAAGCCGUCACCUGGCUUCUCACACUUUUCUCAACUCUGUAAAAUAUCGAUAUUGAUUUUGUAAUCGAAAAGGCCUUCUGAAGCCG